AUGUCGUUUGCUCGUUCGCUCGCUGUUGCCCGUGUUGCUCGUCGCAGCUACUCGACCGCUGCUGAAGGAGGAGACUACUUUGCUCAGAAGGCGGCUCUCAAGGCCCAUGCUGCCGAGACCACCGAGCUCUGGCGCAAGAUCAGUCUCUAUGUCUGUGCUCCUAUCAUCCUAGUCGGAGCCGUCUAUGUCAAGCGCGCUGAAGACGCCCACCACGCCCACCUCCACGAGCACGGUCGCACAGAGGUCCCCGCAUACCAGUACCUCAACAUCAGGAACAGGCCCUUCCCCUGGGGCAUGAACAGCUUGUUCUGGAAUCCCGAGACCCAGAGGGACAUGGAAAAGUCCGAGUAG